AAUAAAUUUUUAUUUUUUAAAAAACAAAAAUGGCGUUAGAGUCGUUGAAGAAGAUAGAAGAGGCUUUGGACCAUGAUGAAGUGUCUGCAUAUAAGGCGAAUUUCGAAGUUUUCAAAGGUGGGCUAAGUAGACAUGACAUCGCAAAAUAUUAUGACAAGUGGGCGGAAACGGGCGAAUAUGACAUGCAUUUAAAUCCAAACCGUUACACUGGGCCGGAGAGUGCGGCUCGAGCACUAGCUAAACAAUUUUCCGCUGAGGAACGGUCAACAGCAAGGAUACUUGACGUAGCUGCAGGGACAGGUCGAUUGGGAGCAGAGCUGUACAACCUUGGUUUUCGACAUUUAGAUGCCCUGGACCCUUCCGAGGGGAUGUUAAAUAAGGCAAGGGAGAGACAUAUUUAUACCAACUUUAUCAAUGAUUUUAUUGGCCUAGAUAAUCCAGUACCUGUUGAAGACGAUACAUAUGACGGACUAGCAGUAUCUGGGGGGUUUAGAGAAGGUCAUAUACCGGCAACCGCACUUCAUGAAAUGAUUCGAGUUGUGCGACCAGGUAUGUUUGACUCUUACUGUAUAACAAAUACUAGCGGAGUCAUCUGUAUAGCAAUGAGGGAGGAGUACCUGGACUAUGUAUCCGAAUAUAAAGGGACACUGGAACCGUUCAUGCAUAACCUUAAGAGAAACGGAAAAUUGAAAUUUCUGUCCAAAGACACAAUCACCGAUUACGCUUUUGGAAAAUCUGGCGUUAUAUUUCAGUUUGUUAUUUCGUGA